AUGAAGCUCGCGCCAGCAGCCUAUUCAUACGUCACUCUGAAAAAAACAAGAAUCAGUCUUCAACCGACGUUCAAGGUAAGGUUCUUUUGCGCAGAAUAAUGUGAAUUGUUACAUGGGGAUAGCUUGGAGCUCGUUCAAAGCCAAAAGGGAGGAAAAGGAAAAACGGUAACAAUGCAAUGUGUCAAUGUAAUAUGUCUAUUACAGAAAAGUUUCAACAAAAGUAAAAUAAAAUCGACUUCACUUUUCAUUUUCAUUGUAGGUUAGUCGAACGUCGCGGAAACUACCUCAACAGCCUUAACAAGAGAACACCAAUUCAAAAGGAGGACGAAUUAGAACCUCUCAUGGGAAACAUUGAACGUGAAAAUGACCUUGUAACGAGCGAUGCAAAGAAGACUUCAAGACCACAGCUAAGGUAUACGCUCGUAGCAUGAUUCUUUUACCCAGUUUUUCGCUUUUUGCACCGUUAAAUUCACUCUGAGAUACUUGUGUUGGAACCCCCCCUCCUGAAAUCUAGCUCUACAACGGUGAGUCUUUUAACGAGUGUGGUACAAUUGAAAUUUUACAGGAUCUAAUUUUCACAGCCGGACCGAAAGAAAAUCUGGAAAUGGCGAAAAUAAGUUCUCGGGAAAAUUUCUGAUCAGAUGGUAUAAGACAUGGAAUGUUGGGUUGCACGUUCAGCUGGAAUUUCCGGAUAUGCGAAGAAACACAACAUGUAUGCUGUACGCUGCUAAAAGUCUACUUAUGAUUCGAAGUUGAAGUAAUUCUCCACUGCAAUCAGAUCACAGUCGAUGUGAUCACCAACACGACGGCGUUAAACUGCCGCUGUUUGUCAAUGAUCUCCACUGCUGAUGAAUGAAAGGGAGAUAUUGGGACAAAUGAAAAUCAGCAGCAAAGUUAAACAGUAUCAAUAUCUCCUGAGUCACGGUAAACAAUUUGUUUGUUCAAGGACGUAAAUUUACGUGUAAUGAAAGAACUCCUCUCAAAGAGAUCCCAUUGUCGCCAUCAAAGUACGAGUAAUUUAUUCAUUUAUUUACAUGCGUCGCGCUAAAAGAGUUUCGGCUUCGGCCAAAAAAAUCACAAUUUAAGGAACACCGGCAGUAACAGAGUUAACCGUUUAAUAGAGUACUUAUCUCUCCACAGACUUGUCAAGGAAAACACUUUUAAGCAAAAGGAUGCUAAUGGCAAGAAGAUAUCUAAUGCUACGCUGGAUCCUUGGGAUUUAAAAAAUCAGCAUCCUCCGAGCAAGCAGAGCGUAGGCUCACUUCCUAAUCUGUAUUUUACAGACAUGUGA